AUGUUGGGAGCGAAUGCGAGAACUACCUUGGACCAGCGGGCUUCAAUGCCGUCCAGGUCUCCCCACCCAGCGAGCACAUUCUGGGUGACUCAUGGGCAACUCGAUACCAACCGGUGUCGUACAAGCUGGACUCCCGGGGUGGCAGCUCGGACGACUUCGCCAGCAUGGUUCGCAGGUGCAGAGCCGCCAACGUCAACGUCAUGGUUGACGUUGUACUUAAUCACAUGGCUGGACCUUUCGUCUUCUCGCCUGAAAAGGACAGGGGCAAGGCGUGUGGCCAAAGUGAGGACACCGAAAAAUCCUCUACAGCAAAGUGUUUGGGAUGGGCCGGCACUGAGUAUGGAAACCGUGAAUACCUGA